AUGGUUUCUGAGCAGGUCAUCAAGUCGGCCUGCGAACAAUUUCAAGGCCGCAAGGUUGAUCGGGGCUUCGUUGCUACCAGAAGCGUCGUGACUCGUAAGAGCUGUUUCCUCUUCGGACGGCCGCUCGACGUACAGAAGCGUGGCGGGAAGUCGAGACCGGUUGACAGCGAUGAUGAUGACGAUGGAAAUGGCAACAAGAGCCAGCCCCAGCUGAUGAUAUUGCAACCGCGGGUUCAUCUCUUAGAUGAUAUCACGGGCUACGAGCCUGAUGUGGAAUAAUCGCCUACGCUCCUCUAUUCUGGACUCGUCGUCAAGUACGAAAUCAAUCCUCUCUCUCUUGCUCUUGUUUCGUGCCGUGGCUCCCGUCCAUGCUUGUUCUCGUCCCUGGCGUGCUCUCGUCUGGCCAAAAAAACCUGGUCACAUCGACGUUUACGCUAACGCUCACUGCCCCCUUCAGAGCCAACCCGCACAUAUCUGUAUUUCAGUAUGGUUGUCUGUGGCUGGCGUCUCCCUGCCGUCGCUUUGUUUCUCCUACACCUUUUGCCGCUCGCGCAGACGAAUGCCUUGAAAAGAGGCCAGAGCCAGAGCCUCAGGCGAGUUCAAGUAGAGGGUCCGUUCACGUACGUCCACCCACCUCCAGGAGGCGUCCUUGUAGCAUCCAAAGUGAGAAAGAGAAAACUCGGAACAACAGAAACUGUCUCUUGAUGUGGUGUAUGGUCAGACGGCAAUUAUCGUGAGAGCCGCAUCGAGGGUCACGGAGGACUCCAUAUCAGGCAAGAUCUCAGCGACAGUCCAGGGUGCCCAAGUCGAUGGCCGUACAUCGCUGUCGCUAGAUGGACAGACGAUCGUUUUCGUGCCCUUUGUUCCAUUCGAAUGUACGCAAUGUGUGUCACGAGCGGAACAACGAUUGAAGCACUGCUUGUGUGUGUUCGCGCAGCGGGGGCACAUGUUGUCACGGAGGUCUUCCCGGGCAUCGUGUCGGCUGAUGGGGAUGUGCUGAGUGGGAGCGCUGAGUGGGAGUUUCAUGUCGCCACUGUCGAUCCUGAAGGAUUCAUUGUGGGGGCGAAGGAUCUAAGCGGCACCUUGUUUGCGAAUCCCAUGCGCCAGUACGACGACGGGCUGAUAAGACCUAUCGGUAGGUGUUGCUCCCAGUCAGCAGCGUAUGCAUAAUCUGCGGCUAUGCGCCAGGCAACGACACCCUCACAAAUGGCGUUCAACGAUACGGACCGCUCUACGACAACGGCAAGGCGAUGGCGAUUUAUGAUGGGCCGCUCUCUCUUGAUCCGCGAGCACGGUAUCGAGGCUAUCGGACAAUACCUCCAACCUUCCCCAAGAUUCGGUAGUAUCCACAGAUUACGGGAAACACUACAUGAACGACUGCUGUGAAUACAGGGUCAAUGUGGCCCCGAAAGAGGGCGAGGUCGCAGAGGGUUACAUCUUCAUCGGCACGAACAUUGCCUUUGUUGGAAACGACGCACUCGACUCGCAGUUCUACGCAUACACACUCGUAUGCAUCGUAGCUGCGAGCCGCCUUUCUGUCAAUCGUCUAGCUACCUAUGUGGUGGCUUUGCAGAUUCUCGACAGUGGUGGUGACGUCGUCUGGUACCAUCAGCAUGAGCCUCUCCCUCAGUUUGCACUGGUGGAGGGUGAGCAUUUGACAGCGCACGCAGGUCGAGGCUGGACGUGGGCUUUGUACACCUCUGUGCCGAAUGACGGCAGAUAGAAGAGCCAAGGGAGAGCUCAUGGCGAACGGAGAGGUAUCUUUGUUGCUUGACGAAGGGGAUUCGCGGCGCACCUACACAUUCAACAAUCACUAUCAGCUCGUCAAAGGUAAAGACAAAGCGACUCACGCAAAGAAAAGACUCCUCCUGGCGUGACUCAAUGCUGCUGUGGUCCGUCUGCUUUGUUUUCCAAGAAUACAGCCCAGCCGCAGGAUAUGCACACAUCCCCGCAGGUCGAGCACCUGCAUCUGGUGUCUUCUGUUUGGCCACCCCUCUGAUUGGUCUGUGUAUGUCCAUGUGUGAAUAAAAAUGCGCAUGACUUUCAGGUUACUUUCAAGUGGUCACCAACACAAGAGACCAACAAUCAAAGAGUGAUGGGGUCGUGCAGGUCAAUUCGGACGGCAGCUACCUUAUUCUCCUGACCGUGCGGCACACACUGGACCUCACGGGCAUGGUCGAGGGCGGGAAGGCGGACGAUAUCGUCCUUGACCAUGUUGUCCAAGAAUUUGAUCUUUCAGGUGGGUGGAUUUGCAUCCGUGGGUGAAUGACAUUUUGUCUGUGGUCGAGUGCACAUGUGCGCAGACACGCUGGUAUUCGAGUGGAGGUCUUGGGACCACUUCACGCACGAGCAGCUGCUCAAGUGGACAGACGUGGAGAAGGCCCACUUGAAUGGCGACUGGGACCUCAUGCAUCUUAACGCGUGAGUCGACUUACUUGCCAGAGGGCCAUAUCGAUCGCACGUACAACUUGAAAUGCUACGACUCUGUGCGACUUGUGCAUCAAUCCAUGCAUGGCUAUGCCGUGACGACAUGAUCAGUCUAUCGUGUAAGUGCGCGCACCUACUCGACGACGGAGGUGAGUCCCUCUUGGUUGGUAUGCGUGUUCGUCGGUAUGGCAUCAGGGACGCCAGAUGGUCACCUGCUCUUCUCCUUGCCGUCAUUAUCCGGCGCGAUCAAGGUACGCCAGACACGCUGACUCACGACUGGAGGGAGAAUGGCUUUUUGUGCUCAGGUCAAUCGAGGUACAGGUUGCCGAAGAAGGUAUGGCUCAAACUUUCCCUCCACUCCUGUGCGCGCGCAGAAACUGGAGACGUGAUGUGGCGCAUCUUCGGCAACGAGGCAUUCAAUCAGUUCACCUUCGAUCCCCCCUUCUAUCCAUCCAUUUCCCACCAGCACGACGUCCGCUUCAGCGGCCCGAACACCAUCACACGUAGAUAGACUGAGUGAAGGAGAGAGCACCCUCAUGAAGCAUUCUGCCUGUGUGUCAGUGUUUGACAACGGAAACAACAACAAUCCUACAGUCUCAAGUGAGUGAUACAGGGGAGGACUGCCGGAAAGGAACCUAUCUGUUGCCUGUGCCUGUCUCUAUGCAUCAAAGGGGCUCUUGAGUUCGAGGUGAAUGGAUUGAUGUCGGAUGGCUAUGCAUCCAUGCGCACAUCCCGCCGAGAUUCUCGCCCACCGACAUCUCUCUCUCCUCCUCUCUCUCUCUCUCUCUCUGCCUGAUAGAUUGACGAAGAGAGCCGCACAGCCCGCCUGAUCUUCAGCUUCUCUGACGAGAACCGCUUCUCUAUGUGCCAAGGGUCUACCCAGAGACUGAGUAAUGGCAACAUCGCCAUCGGCUGGGGUGGGCUCAACCUGACUGACCCGCUUCCCUUCUACACGGAGGUCACUCGCACAGGAGAAAUCGUGUUGGAGCUCCAGGUAAAUCAACCUGCACAAGGCUCCUCGUGCUUUUCAGCAGAUGGAGAGCGAUGCCCAUGUUGUUUGUCACUAGAUGGAGAGCGAUGCGAACGCCUAUCGUGCGCGGAAGCAUGACUGGGCGAAGGCCAUACCUGUGUGGCCACCCGCCAUUGUUCUCGAUAUGAACGAAGGAGAAUGGAGUGACGACAGACCACCAAGGCUGCACUACAGGCAAGGCGACAGGAGUGUGGCGUGGGCCCUAACCAGGACACAAUGUUAAGGAUGCGAUGUCUUUGCGUGGGUUCAGCUGGAAUGGUGCGACUGUCGUGUCUGGGUGGCGAGUGUACGCUGGCGUGGAUCCCGAUUUGUUGGAGCUUGUUGCUGAGCAUCCGCGGGAGGCCUUCGAGCACUACCUCGACCUGGGCCACGGCAGCCCAUUCUACCCGGUGGGCAAUUGUGUUUACUAUCAGGUCGAGCCAGUGGGUGUAGGUGGACAGGCCUUCAUGAGGUCCGCUCUUCUCUCAUCGCCUUCGUGUGCCCAAGAAGAUGUCUCUUAGUGGACAGAGGGCGACGUAGAUCGAGAGAGGCAGGGGAUCAUGACAGCUCUAGUGGUGAGUGCAUGGAGGGGAGUUUUGAACUUCUGAUGUCCUCCCUCCACAUGCAAUUUAUGUGAGGAGUGUGUGAAGUUUGUGUCCCAUAGUUUCAUGCACUGACCGUCCUAUCAGCAAUGUCUGAAUUUUGUACGAGGGGAGUGAGAACAAGGGGAGUUAGUUAGCGAAGGUUGUUCUGCAGCCAUCCAGCUAUGCAUUCUCUCUUCUGCUGAAAUGCAUGAGGAGUGUUGGUUUUGCAAUGGCCAGCCACUGUCUGUUGAAGCAGUACGUGGGUCCCCCGUGAACUUGUUGUACUGUAGGCACCGAAAGUAAGGUGAGAAGAAGACGGGCGAGACAUGGCGGACCCAAUUACGGGCACUCUUUUGUCGCGUUGGUGUGUCUGUGUUGACUGGUGUAUGACAACUCAAUUCAUCUCGGACGAUGGUGCAUCGAAUAUGUCGUGGAAUCGUCCUUCACUGC